ACGUAAAAUUGAUGCCUGGUAGAUAUCGACUUUAAUCGUCGCAGCUGGCAGCUGAUGGUACAAAAGAAAAUAAUGAUUACUUUCCACCAAAUCAUUAAAAAAUCUAUAGAAUACGUAAAAUAGACUGCCAUGGCUCAAGGCUUAACUCGUAGAACGACAAAAAAAUCGCAAGCAAAAUCUGGAACUUCCAAGCCUACUUCGACGGGAAUCUCCAAGGACAACAAGUCUAGAAAAAGUUCUUCAACUUCAUUGAGGUACGCAUUGAUUGCGUUUGCGGUUGUGAUAGCUUUAAUUGCGUGUAUAGUUUACGUGUCCGUAGAACGCAAGGUAGAAAAAAAAAGUAAUCUUCGUAAGCCAAGUAAAGACGAAAGUAAUAGAUCAAAAACAGGACAAGGAAAGAAKCAAAAGCAGUCCCAGCAACAGAAAGAUAAUAUUCCUCCAGAGUUCAGAAACUUUAAAGCAUCAUAUCAGAAAAAGCUCAAAAUGUCUUCAUUUGUAAAUGGAAAGUCCUUUGAUUUGAAAGAAUUAAGACCAAACAAACACAACAGCAGUGUCAGAGCAUAUGUCAUUGAAAACUUCUUAAGUGAUCAUGAUUGCGAUAGCCUGGUGAAAGUGCAYAAUAAGCACUUGGACAUACUCAAGCAAAAUGACCCAUUUCUAUGUUUUGACAGUGUUUUGACACUUGUUAAGAACCUAAAAGAAUUGAAGCUGAAAUAUAAGGUUUCCAGUAAAGAUUUCAUUAAAGGGACCACUUGCUUGAAUGAGACAUUUUCCUCUGAACUGAAGCAACACUUUAAAUGGAGCUACAGCACAGCUUUUUAUCCUGGUGAAAAUAAGUUCUCCAUGGUUUAUGCAGAACACAUCAARCAGGCAACAGGCCUUAAACCAGAAAAUGGUGGGAAGUUCCAGAUUACUUCGUAUCCUCUUGGUGUUGGGUACAAAAGCCACACUGACUGCAUAGUGUACACAAAGGGACAAGGCGAGGAACGAGAUCGUUUUGCAACAGUUCUUGUAUAUCUKCAAGAUGUUGAAGAAGGUGGCGAGACUGAGUUCCCUCUUUUGGGCAUGAAGGUUAAACCAAAGAAAGGAAUGGCUCUCGUGUGGAAUAGCAUGGAUGAAGAUGGCAAUUGCGAGGCUUUGUCUCUACAUGAUGCAAAGAGGGUCGUUAAGGGACAUAAAUACAUCAUUCAGAGAUGGUAUUAUUACAAGAAUUUCCCAGCCCUUGGAAAACGACCACCAGAGCCCAACCUCCCACAACGAAAGCCCAAUCAAGCACGAGUUUCUUGUGACGAGUAUGAGCAAGGCAGCUGCAGAUGGUACGACGAAUGGAAUUACGACCAUAUCUUGGAGUACCAUGCCCAACGAAAAAACCUUGUGUAGUUUUACACAUCGUUAGAUUUUUUAAUUUGAGACGACGCUCAUCAAAAAUGUAGAUUUAGUCUCUGGGGUUUCUUUAUGUAUGCUUUGCACUCAUUAUUACCGUGAUGGGGGGGUUUAAUUUGCAUCUAAACAAUUCCAUGUGCUCUAUUGUUGGUAUUUGYUUUACCAAAGGAGCUCGUGGAUUCAUGAAUAACAAACGCUAGACCAUAACUAGACAAGAAACCCAGAAGAAGAAACUUUUAUCAUCGUYCAAAAAUGUUUUCGUUUCAUAAUCCUUUCACUAUGAUUACGGCGGGAUUUUAUAUGGGUAUUUUAACCUUGCGGGAUUUUAUAUAACAAACGGAAACAAGUUCACAUCGUGAACACUCAAUUGCAAUAUCUCAGAGACCACGUUUUKAACAUUUCUAUGUCUCGGGAAUAAUGCAUUCUUAUUGUGGUGUGUAUGAUUAUAAUGAAAUUACACCUUGUUUUUUUUAAGCUAUAAAGCCAUAAGAAAACAGGGUUUAAAGCAGCAUAGAAUCUCAAUCCUGUCCGUCCCAAUAUACAUACAUUCUCAGAAAUUGUUUUAUCAGGUGUUCCUAAAUCUACAUAAUGCGGAGAUUUUUAUUAUUUGGCACUUUGUCACGUGUAGCAGUUUGAUUAAUCGCGUGAACGAAAUGAAAGGGAGAAAAUUGAAAAAAGAUUGCUCAAAUAUUGUCGCACUGAAAGUUGUAGAUCAGUCUUUUCCUGUAGUUUUCGUAUCACAUUCUAGAAAAGUGCGACUGCCAGUGACURUAUGUGUAUGUUUUAGUUCUUGGUGCUUACGUGACAAGGCUUCAUAGUUUUGAAUUUAUUAAUACCUGUAAAGAAACGGAAUCAGCACUUCUAUUUUGAUACAAUCGUAUAGGAUUCUGUCGAAGAAAUCGUAAGAACUCAAGAAAAAUAUWAUUUUUUUCGCAUAAUAUAUGCAUAACAUUUGUUUUUCCUUAACUCUCGACCUUUUAAUUUACAAAAAAAUCCAGUCAACUGCGGCGAGUGAAAAUACCAUUCUCCUUUUAUUUCGUUUGCACCAAGACUGGAACAAACAUAGAAUAAUUUCUAUUUCUACAAAAGACAAUACAACUCGGUAAUUUGAAAUCCUUUUUAAUAAAUUAUGAAGACCAAAUGACAAACUGGUAUAUGUAUAGCAUUGGAUACAAAUAUACAAACAAAAUAAAUUAUGAUUAAAUACAUUAUUAUCAAAACAACCUAGAAUUUAAAGCGUGGUAUGUUGCUUGUGUUGCUUUGAAACCCUGGUCAAACAAACAAAAUCAGUUCGUCCUCAAAAGUAAGUUUGAAAAGUGACAAACCAAUGAAAUCCUUUCAUYUCCUAAUGGCCUGCACUGAGGUGUGUAGUCGACUCAAUCUCAAUCACCUCUGGAAUAUGAAGCAUGGAUUCUCACAUGGUCCUUUUUUCUUAUCAAAAAAUAAUACUUUCAAAAUCAUUUGUAAAAUCGAUGAAUGCUAGACAACCACACUGAAAAUCCACUCGUGACRAAUAUUAAACUUUUCUUGGAUACAAAAAAAUCUUGUUCACGCAAAAAGCAAACUUUUCAAGUACAAAGAAUGUCAGUAGUAUCCCUGUUGAAAGUGUACAUAAUUUUGGAUACCACCUAAAUGGAGUUUAUAUACAUUGUAAAAAUAUACAGGUCUUUGAUAUACUUUUUUGGAAUUGAAGUACUAUUGAUAUUUACAUCUGAUAAACAASUACUCUGGUUGCCAGAGGUUGGAGUUUGCAUUUUCUCAUAGCUCAUUCUAUAUUUCAUCCAUAUAUUUUAUUUCUUUUUGACUUGGAGACCRUAUAACUAAAAUGUUGGUUGAGCCAUACAGUGUCAAAAUAAACCAUGAGGAAGCAUAAAUUCCAACCUCUGGUACCCAAGAUGAUGGACAGUUGAAUUGAAAGAUUAAAAUCAUCAUAAAAUUAAAGACGAUAAUCUUUUUUUUCAAUUGUGAAACACAACUUUUUAAAAUCUUUAACUUUUUUUGACUCACAUGGAGCUGGCUUGAACCACCUAUCUUUAGGUUAUUCACUGUUACCAUAACUUGAUCAAGUAUUGGUUUCGUUCAAUCAAUAAAAAGGACUYCCUUUGGUAUCGAUUAAUGCAAUACUAGAAUGAAUAUGUAAUGCACUAUGAAUAAAAUGUGGAUCAUAUKAAAACUUGUCACACA